AUCUAGACAAAGAGUUUUAUUGUUUACGAAAUAUGAUCAUCAGCCUCUAGUUAAAACGAUAGCCAAAUUCACACACAAUAAUCAACUGAGGAUUGAAGAAAAUGCCUCAUUAGAGAACAGUAAUUACGACAAAAAAAUUCAGGAGCUUUUCCUUAUUUCUCUUUGCAAUAUGUUAACCAAUAAAACGUUAGGGUGGUCUUCGAAAGUGUAAGGAAUUAUUUAAUUUUUUACAAAAAUUGGGGGUAUUUUUGUAUUAUUUUGAACGUUGAAGGGGUGAGAUAUAAAACAAAAGGAAGGGACGUUGUUAUAGUCAGACGAGGAAGCAGAGCUCUAUAUUUCUUCCAUUUACCUUUUCUCAAUUCUUGACUCCAAGAAAAAAAAGGAGAAAACAAGAGAAUCAAAUUCAUCUUUUUUUACGUUAUGGCGAGUGAGACAGACGACGUCAAGUACGAAGAGAAUUUCAUAAGGAGCAGUCGAGGUUUGAAGUUGUUCACGUGCAAAUGGCUACCAACAGACUAAGAGCCAAGGGCUAUAGUUUUCUUUUGCCAUGGAUACGGCAUGGAAUGCAGCAUCACCAUGAACAGUACUGCGAGGAGGCUUGUGAAGGCUGGAUUUGGGGUAUAUGGAAUGGAUUAUGAAGGACAUGGCAAAUCCAAUGGCCUUAGCGGUUAUAUCCCAAACUUUGACCACCUCGUUGAUGAUGUCUCAACUCACUAUACAACUAUUUGCGAGAGGGAAGAGAACAAAGGGAAGAUGAGGUUUAUGUUAGGAGAGUCAAUGGGAGGAGCAGUGGUUUUGUUGCUAAGCAGGAAGAAACCUGAGUUUUGGGAUGGAGCUCUCUUGGUCGCUCCAAUGUGUAAGAUUGCAGAAGAAAUGAAGCCAAGUCCUUUUUUUAUUUCGAUAUUAACGAAGCUUAUUUCGGUUAUACCCAAAUGGAAAAUCAUUCCUACUCAAGAUAUCAUUGAUAUUUCAUAUAAAGAGCCAGAAAUCAGAAAACAGGUUAGAGAAAAUCCUUUAUGUUACAAAGGAAGACCACGCUUGAAAACUGCGUAUGAGCUCUUACGGAUCAGCAUCGACUUGGAGAAGAGACUUCAAGAGGUUUUAUUACCGUUUAUGGUAUUGCACGGAGAUGAUGAUAAAGUAACAGAUAAAGCAGUGAGCCAAGAACUAUACAGGGUUGCGGUGAGUUCGGACAAGACCUUAAAGUUGUACUCUGGGAUGUGGCACGGUUUGCUCAAUGGCGAGACACAAGAGAACAUUGAGAUUGUCUUUGCUGACGUUAUCGGAUGGUUGGAAAAAAGAACUGAACAUGGAAAUGACAGGUUUGAGUCGGAGCUUAAACAUAACAAUGAUGGUUUUCAUUUGAAGGAAUAGUCCUUUAACUUACUACAAUAGUGUUUGACUUGACACAUGAAAUUGUUGUGGUGAAGUGGUGUUUUGCAUUUUGAUUUUUUUUUGUGCUGCUAUUGUGUAUAUACAUGCAAUAAAAACUCUAUAAAUUAAUAAUGUUGAAAUUGUAAUA